AUGGUAGAUGCCUUCCUGUGCACCUGGAAGCUCUCAGACAGCAAGAAUUUUGAUGACUACAUGAAGUUAAUCGGUGCAAGUUUUGCUACCAGGCAAGUGGCUAGCGUGACAAAGCCUACCACAGUCAUCAAAAAGAAUGGGGACAUUAUCACCUUAAAAACACAGAGCAUGUUCAAGAACACAGAGAUCAGCUUUAAGCUGGGGAUGGAGUUCGAUGAGACAACAGCAGAUGACAAAAAGGUCAAGUCCAUUGUGACACUGGAUGGAGGCAAACUUGUUCACCUGCAGAAGUGUAACGGGCAAGAGAGGACAUUUGUGUCAGAGCUAAGUGAUGGGAAACUCAUCCUGACACUCACCCAGGGCACUGCGGUUUACACUCGCACUUAUGAGAAAGAGGUAUCAUCUGCCUGCGCUGUCACUGACUGCUCCUCUGCUACCCUUUGA